AUGGAUACCAAGCAAUCUAGCACAGCUUUGAAAGCACUACAACUUGCAGACAAACAAAUAUUUGACCUGAAGAAGCUCUUCUUACCACACGAACCCCACCUCCUAACAGUCCCAACCGAUCAUCCCUUCCGAGAAACUUCCUCCUACGAGGACCGGGGCACACCCUUCGCGAACUAUGAGGUUCGAUACCUACAACAUAUGACUAUGAUCUCGGAGAGUCAGCGUGGCGUGGCACGAGCAGAGGGCGAUUGGCAAGCAAGAAUUGAGAGUGGAUCUCCAGCAAGUUUGGCAGCGCGAAGCAGUGCCACAACCCCCAGUCAUGCCAAUGCCAGAGAUUUGAAGAUACCCUCCAAGAAGAUCUCUAUCGCAGACUAUAAAAGUCUGAAAACAGGUGCCAAGCCUUCUCCGCGACCUGGAUUGGAGGAAGGGAGACAAAAUGGCGCGUUGCCUUCAAAGGAAAAGCCCAGGGACAUGAAACCUGCGCUGCCAAGCUCGAAAACGAGUACUCCUACUGCUAAUGGACAUCCCAUUUCGAGCUCAAAUCAUACUCCCGUGAAGUCGAUACCACAAAUACGAGAACCUCCUAAACACCAGCUUCCCCCUCGGCCUAAAUCGCCUCCUCGGAGCACAUAUGAUGUCAAACCACCCGAGCAGAAAAAGCGGCCAAUGGAGUCUGAUGGAAAACAGCCCGAGAAGCGUACUAAGAUUGAGUCAACAAAUACGCCGGUGAAUAGAGCUUCGCCCAUGAAGCAGUCGACACCAAGAGACUCGCCUCAAGCAAGAAAAUCAACGCCCAAAGCCGAGAAACCAACCCCACUUCCAGACCGACUACCACCGCUACCAGAUGACUUAUUUGACAUAGAGUCGGGGUCCAAAACCUUUUCACCGAGGCCCGAUCUUGAUAACACUAUUGUUGUACGAGCAGAAAAGACGAGGGCGAAAUCUCCCUUAUCUUCCGUUUCCUCAAGGAGUCCUUCGCCUCUGCGACCACUUCCCGAGAUGUUACCUCUUGCGCUCCAUCCUCUACUGGAUCGAGAAUUGGACCGAUUGAGCGAAAAGAAAGCAAAGAAAGAUGAAAUGCAGGCAGAGAAUACACCCGAGCAGAAUGCAGAGAAAAAUCCACGGGAUACGGUCGGAGCUCGGUACGAAGAGGUUCGACGGCCUGAUGUUCCUGGAGUUGCUAGGAAGACACCGAAAGUUGGACAUCCGCCAAGGAAGCAUCCUGGGGAAUCUAGCAAGAGGCCUCCCACGACCAAGGAUACUUUGAUCGUAAAGUUGAGAUACAAGAAGCGGCGAGCAAAGGAUAUACAGCGAAUUCUUGGGAUUCAGGCGAAGCCAAGCAAGGAAUUUUUGACCCUUGAGAAACAGCGACGAGCUCGGUUGAACCCGACUUUCGAAGCAGACUCUGAGGACGAACCGACAAUCACGCCGAAGCCUACGCCGUCUAAGAAACGUCCUAGUGACUCUGAUGCAGCUGAACCUGCAUCGAAGCGUGCGAAAUUACCUGAUAUUAAUAUUGCCAAAGCAAAAACUUCCUUGGAACCAGCUUUCAAGUCACCUGCUUCUUCAGCGCCCAGUCAGAAAAAUCUUUUGGCUACUCCUAAUGCGAUGAAGACUGUGGCAAUGAGAAGGGUUGAUUCGAAUGAUGGAAAUGCUCGGACCCCUCAGACAAUGGCUACCAGCACACCGGCGUCCGCAGAGAAGCCUCGUUCCAACGGAGAACGACAUCCUAUGGAUGAACGACUGCAUGGCGAGUUUCAGAAGCUCAAUGAUCAUUCUUUGAAGCUCAAGCGGAAGAUGGACGAGAUUUUGCAAAUCAAAGCUAAAGGGAUUGAUUCUGUCUCAGAAGCUCAGCGGAAGCUUGGGCUUGCAGUCGCUCUGGAAUGUAUUGCCAUGUAUAUGACAUCAUUUGCCGCCAAAGACCGUGCAUUCAAGUCGCGGAGCGCCAGUUCUUGGGAAGGUGGUCUCAAACUUUGGGUGUGGUUGGAGGGCCUUGUCAAGAAUAUGCCAAUCUAUCAUGCAUUGAGCGUGCAGUUAGGAGCGAUUAUGAGAGAGGAGCUUGGUCGCUGUUAUCUGGAGACUCUGCAGACUGGCAAUCGAGAUCCCAAUUUCUUGAGAGCCUUGGGAGAAAACGAACAAAAACGGGACCAAUGCUGGAAGGAAGCGCACAGAGUACAAGCAGAUCUGAAGGAACUUCAUGCGCCUGAAUGCUUGGGACCAUGGACCACAACGAAUGAUGCCGCGGCCUAUAUCAAGGCCGUAUUGGAACUAUACGCGAAGAAAGAGAAGACUGGGUGGAAGCCUUUCACACCAUGA